AUGAGGCUGUGCCAGUGGGUGCUGGUGUGGGUGUGGCUGGCUGGGCUGGGGGCCAUAAAAACAGCGCCCAGCCCAAAGCGCACCAAGGCUUUAGUCCUGGGCACAGAGUCCCCAGUCUUCAUAGACAGACCUGAUUUCUUCGAUUACCCAGACUCGGACCAAGCCAGGCUCUUGGCUGUGGCCCAGUUCAUUGGAGAGAGGCCUGUCGUCUUUGCUCACUCAGGUUCCAACUCGGGGCUCUUCCAUCACAUCCUGGUGGGCGCACUGGUGCUGGCCUUCUUCUUCCUCCUCUUCCAGUUCUGCACCCACGUGAGCUUCCAGAAAGGGGCCUGA